CGGAACGUCGUCUCUCGCGAGAAGUGGCGAGGUGAGCUUCGCAUGGUGACCGGGCCCAAAGAAGUUGAAAUAGAGAUGCCCUGUCCACAAAACCGAUUUUAAGCAAGAGAUAGAGGCUGUCAUGGGUUUGUCUGCUUCCUCUCCAUCGAUUGCACUUGAGGCAAGUGCAUCCAAACAGCCUCAGACUGCACCUUCAGAAUGUCCCAUGCACCAGAAGAAAAUGGAAGGCUGCCCAGUGCACAGGAAAUCAGAAGACAGUCUUGAUGAGAACCAGAACUCUCCUGUACCUGCACAUCAAGAAAGAGCAUAUGAAUACGUGGAGUGUCCUGUUAAAUCUCAAACACAUGAGAAGAUUGAUCCAAGCAAUAUGAUGCCGCCUCCUAAUCAGCUACCAUCUCCUGAUCAACCAUUUCCGUUAUCUACAGUGAGAGAAGAGUCUUCUAUUCCGAGAGCUGCUUCUGAACAAAAAUGGGUCUAUCCUUCAGAACAGAUGUUUUGGAAUGCAAUGCUAAGAAAAGGAUGGAGGUGGAAAGAUGAUGACUUAAAAGCUGAAGAUAUGUCUAAUAUAAUCAAAAUUCAUAAUCAGAAUAAUGAGCAGGCUUGGAAGGAAAUUUUAAAAUGGGAAGCACUUCACAAUAGGCAAUGCCCAUGUGGACCAACACUUGUUCGAUUUGGAGGCAAAGCUAAGGAGUACUCACCAAGAGCCAGAAUGCGAUCCUGGAUGGGCUAUGAACUGCCUUUUGAUAGACAUGAUUGGGUUGUUGACCGCUGUGGAACAGAAGUUCGAUAUGUCAUAGAUUAUUAUGAUGGAGGAGAAGUAGAUAAGAAUUACCAGUUUACCAUUUUGGAUGUUCGUCCUGCUUUUGAUUCCCUUUCUGCUGUGUGGGAUAGAAUGAAGGUGGCUUGGUGGCGCUGGACUUCAUAACUAAAUUUACACAGAAUGAUCAGAACUGUAUUAUUUCAAUUGGUGUUGCACUGACUUUGGACUUUAAUAAAGUUUAUGGUGACAGUACUUCUAUUUAAUUGCAUUGUACUUGCCACUGGGGAAAACUGCAUUUCUUUAAAUAGGACUUUAAUUAAAGAAUAUAACCUGUGUUGAACUUUUGGUCAUGUACUACCAAAAUUGGAAACCUUAUGCUCAAUAAGCAAUAUAGAAGGCACUCAACUUAUGAAUCAAUCAUAACUUAUAUGGAAUAGGAAUGUUAUUGAAUAUCAUGUAUCUACCAGAAGAGCAAUUGUGCCUUUAAUGUAGAGUUUCUACCCUAUGUUAUAAUAAUGUAUUUGAAAGGGAAUCAUAGAAUAGUAGAGUUGGAAGGGGCCUAUAAGGUCAUCGAGUCCAACCCCCUGCUCAAUGCAGGAAUCCACCUUAAAGUAUCCCUGAUAGAUGGUUGUCCAGCUGCCUCUUGAAUGCCUCUAGUGUGGGAGAGUCCAUAACUUCCCUAGGUAACUGGUUCCAUUGUCGUACUGCUCUAACAGUCAGGAAGUUUUUCCUGAUGUUCAGCCGGAAUCUGGCUUCCUGUAACUUGAGCCCAUUAUUCCGUGUCCUGCACUUUGGGAUAAUCGGGAAGAGAUCAGAACAGAGUGUAUCUGUUCUGAAAUUAUACUUUUUGUUAAUAAUAGGAAAUCAAAAUGAUAUUUAAAUGUCUUUUAAAACCUACAUUAUUAAAUUAUUAAAUGCUUUUUGAGUGACUUAUAUACUAUGGCCUCCAUAGAUUUUGUUCCAUCCUGAGUGUACAAUUUCUUGAACUAACCAUGAGUUACACACAAAUACAUGUGUUGUAUAAUUGACCCACUUUUUUUUAAAGAAACUAUCCAAGAUGUUUACAUCUUGAUUUUUGCCAAAUAGUAAAUUGAAAUUAAUGCAAAGCUUGAAUAAUUAAGUUGCUAAUUAACGAGUCUUUGCUAGUGCCUGUUAACUUUGAAAAGGGUGCUGUUUAAAUAUAAACUGCUAAAAACAAAAACUGAUGCUAGUAAAUCAGUGGUUAAGAGUUUCACUUCAGGUGAUACUGUAUGAUUUAGGCUUUUUGACAUGCUGAUAGAUACUAACCAGGGGAAGUUAAAUUGUUGAAAUUUCGUUAAUACUAUUUUCUGUGUGAAUUUUUCUGGGAAAAAGCCAUUCAAAUGUUGAACCUAAGCAGCUGGGUUAGACUGUGGUACUUGCCUUUUUAAAAAGAAAGGUGUCUUAACACAUAUCAUUAGCAAAGCUGCUAAUGUGAUACAAAAAUCUGUUUUUUUUCAACUGGAUUUUCAUGGAAGCUGCUUUGAAAAUAUUGUUAUUGGCAAAACAUUUAUGUUUCAGUUUUGAAGAUUGUGGACAAAAAAAUUAUUUUCCAGUGAUGACAAUCUUUGCCACUCUAAAUCAAAGGUAAAUGUAAAUCAUCCAUUCAGUUUCUUGUCAACAACUGCUCCCAGGUGAACACCUGAACAGUAAACUGCAUCUGCCUACUUGUAUUACCUGCCUGUUUAUAUUGCUUCAGAAAUGGCUGUAGGCCAAGACCUUUAUUUAUUUAUUUAUUACAUUUACAUACCGCUCCAUAACUGAAGCUCUCUGGGCGGUUUACAAAAGUUAAAAACAGUGAACAUUAAAAACAAAUAUACAAAAAUUUAAAAGCAUAAAAACAGUAAUAUCCAUAGAAUGGAUUGGUAGCUAGUAUCCAUCCACCUCUGAUGCUGUUGGCAUCUAGGAAAACACAGUACAAUACUGUGAUGAUUGCACAGUCACUCUGUCCUCACCUCCACCCCCUGCUGGCUUUAAAAGGACAGUGUGCACAAGAGUGGCAAACAAGGUGAGUGAAGAGGGCAAUGAAUGAGUCUCUCCUUGAAUAAUUGUUUAUAAGGUUCUUAUAUGUGAACGACAGCUUUUCCUACAUCCCUGGUGAAAAUACGUUUUCAAAAGCCUUUGGGAAAAGAAGCAAUUAUUUUAAGUACACACAAAAAAAGAAGGCCUAAUAACAUUUCGAAAGAUUUGGGGAGAACAAUCAUCAAAUUGUACAUCUGCCAAGAAACCAGUCAUUAGGAGAUGGUAUUCUGUUUUUGCUUGAUGGCUCUGCCUUCUCAACAUUAUUCACGACUGAUUUGCAAAUUUAAAAUUUUGAACUUGAAUUCUUUCUUGAAAUCCUUACAGGGUAGGUAUAAAACAGCAAAUAUUUAGAAAUAUAAAAAUAAUUCUCCCUCUUUACAUGCAUUAAUGUUGAGUAAUAUUCACAUCUGCUAUAUGAGUUUCCACUAUUCUAGAAUAUACAUUGUAUAUAGAGGGCUUCUAUUAUGUGUUGACUGUGCUUAUGUUUUAAUAAAUUCUUUUUUUACUUCA